UGUACGGCGUGACACCAAAGUACCCUCAGUAAGAGGGUGGCGGGUCAGCCAGGCCAGAGCCUGGAGCCCGGGGUCAGAAGGGGUGACAGGAAGGGAUGGAGGGGCCCAAAACCCUGGGGCCCUGUGGCCACUCUCACCCCCAGUGUCCCCCAGCCCCAGCUUCGAGCAGCCUCGGAGGAUGCCUCUAUCAGCCCUGCCAGGGAUUUGUAAGGUGGCCCUGCCUGGUGCCCUUGCCGUCCACCCACUCGCUGGAGUCUGCGAGGACUUUCCCAGCUCCAGGGGCAAAGGGUGGGGUGCCCAGGGUGGGAGGCAAGGCCUCCUUCCUGUCCAGCGAAGAAGAGGAGGUGCAGCAGCAGAGUGCAAGAGAGCCAGGGGGGCCAAGACCAGGAAAAACAGAGCUGGAGCGGACUCACAGCCUGAAAAUGCAGAACCAGGACCUCCGCGAGCAGCUGGGGGCAGUGCUGGGGCCGGGGCAGCACUUCCUGCCCCUGUGUCCGGAGCACUCGGCCCUGGCCCGGUCCCCCGAGUCGGCCAGCAGCCGACCCCCCGAGGACAGGGCCCCUGUGCAGCUGCUGCAACGCGAUCUGUGCCAGAGGGAGGCAGCCUUUGUGUGGCAAUCCCAGGUGGGCCCGGCAGGGGUGGGGGCUGGGCCGGGAAGGGGCUGCCGAGCCCACGCUGUGCACCUCCCCAUCCAGAAUGAGCUGCGGCAGAUCCGGCUGUCCUUUGAGAGGAAGAAGAUGGCCAUCAUGGAGGUGUGGGACGGCGUGGCAGAGGUGCACACGGCCCUGAACAACCAGGCCACUGGACUCCUGAACCUCAAGAAGGACAUUCGGGGUGUGCUAGACCAAAUGGAAGACAUUCAGCUGGAGAUUCUGGGGGAGCAGGCCCAGCGCCGCAGCCAGGCCAGGAAGGAGCAGCAGAUGGCGUGUGUGGCAAAUGAGCUGCGGCAGAUCCGGCUGUCCUUUGAGAGGAAGAAGAUGGCCAGGCCCCAGAGCAGGAGCCCCCCACUCCUAACCAGAGUCACCCUGGAAAAUAGCUCCUGGGGAAGGACGGGGCGGAGGCACAGCUGGGUGGGCCCCUCAGCCGAGGACCCCUGCCCUCUGACACAGCCCCUCCCCAACAGAGAGGGAGGCCACAGCUGGGAUGUUCCAAGAGCUUCAAGGGCCAGCUCUGGCUGCUGGCCCUGAGGCUGCUGCUGGGCACUCUGCUGGCCUGCACUGCUGCCUACGUGUACGUGGUGAACCCCGAGCCCUUCGAGGGGCUGGUG